UCUUUUUUCAAUUCCCUAGCCCUCAAUUUUUCCCAAAUUAUUUGUCAAAAAUACCAGAACCUCUCUCUCUCUCUCGAUCACAUCGAAUCCUCUCUCUCUUCUUUCUCUCUAUAUAUACAGUGUACAUGUAUUAUUAGUACCCUCGCGAUUCUUGCAGUGAUCAUCUCCGUGCCCUAAAACGAAAACGUAACCCUAACUCCCUCUCUUUUUUUGAAGCUCAAGCGGUUUCAAGUCAAGUUGUUGCAUAAUUUCUUGUAUUUAAGGUUUGAAGGUACAGCUUCUAUCAGGAUGAGUUUGCAACAGCCUACACAGCCCAAAUCUUAUGCUAAUGGGUUUGGGCGUCGAAGAGCUGAAAGGGAAGGAGGGGCUAGAUUAGACAAUAAGCUGCAAUCUGGAAAAUCAAACCCAAAUAGAUCGAGUAGUUCAGCGAUUGGUGGGAAAGUUGGAGUUUACGAGAGUCCUUCUCGUGAUAGGCUGGUAUAUUUAUCAACAUGUCUUAUUGGGCACCCUGUGGAAGUCCACCUGAAAAAUGGAUCUAUAUAUUCUGGGACAUGCCACACGACAAAUGUUGAAAAAGAGUUUGCAAUUAUUCUGAAAAUGGCCCGCUUGACAAAGGAUGUCUUUCGAGGGCAAAAGACAGAAUCUCUCAGCAAGGCUCCUUCCAAGACUUUUAUCAUACCUGGAAAAGAAGUUGUACAAGUGAUAGCAAAGGAUGUGUCUAUAACCAUGGAUGGGAUGACCCACGACCUCCAACAUGAAAAGCAUCAGGAGAUUAUGAUAGACUCCAUCAUAUCUCAAUCUCGUCAUGUUGAAGCAGGGAGAGAGCUGGCUCCUUGGGUCCCUGAUGAAGAUGACCCGCAAUGCCCUGAAUUAGAGAAUAUAUUUGAUGGUCCUUGGAAUAGGGGCUGGGAUCAAUUUGAAACAAAUGAAUUGUUAUUUGGAGUAAAAAGCACCUUUGAUGAGGAACUUUACACUACAAAGCUGGAAAAGGGUCCUCAGAUGCGAGAGUUAGAGAAGGAAGCUAUGAGAAUGGCGAGAGAAAUCGAGGGUGAGGAGACACAAGAUCUUCAUUUAGCAGAGGAAAGAGGCAAUCACUUUCAUGAAAAUUUUGAUAUUGAUGAAGAGACCAGAUUCUCAUCUGUAUAUAGAGGUAUGGCGCUUGAUGAUAGUGGAUAUGAGGAGAGUGAGGACAUAUUGUUGGAUUCCCGCAAUGCUGAAACCUUUGGAGAUACGCCGGCUUCUUUUACUAAGAAAUCUGGUGAUUUGACCAAUGGGAAAAGUAAUGAUGGAGCUCGUGUUUUAUCAAGUUCUUCUUUGGACGAGGCAGAGUGUUCUCAAUCAAGUGCUGGCGUAGAUUUGUAUCAUUCAGGUUCUUAUGAGCAUCCUAGACAGCUGGGAUCUGAACUUCCUUCUAAAAGUCUCUCCACUUCGGAGACUGAAACCAGGACUCACGAGAAUCUUCAUGGCGAACAUGGAGCAAGUGACUGCAUCAAGGAAUUCAUAGAAGAGCAAACUAGAACCGGAGAUGCUCCAUUGCCAACAUGUGAGGAUUCUCAGUCCUCAUUGGAUGGCAAGAAAGAUGGCUCUGAUAAAGGUGUACUAUCUCCAAAUGCUACUGCUUAUGCUCCUUCAUCGAAUGUUUCUUCAAAAAGCAAUGAAAAGACAGGUUCUUCUGGUGAACUGUUAGAAGCUGCUCCUUCUGUCAAAGGAGUUGGAGAAGUCCAAUCUGCAAACUCUCGUGGACGCCCUGGUAGUUCUACAUCAUCAAAUUCUGAAUGCGUAGGUGCUCCUUCAGUUUCCAAUGGUCCUGCUUUAACACCAAGCUCGUCAAUGGGUUCAUUAACUUCAGAGAAAUCAACACUGAACCCCUAUGCUAAGGAAUUUAAACUAAAUCCAAAUGCCAAGAGUUUCACCCCUUCUCAAACACCUGUUAGGCCUCCAUCUCCAGUUUCUGAUGGUUCCUUCUAUUUUCCACCAAAUGUUCCUGCUCUUCCACAUAUGCAUGGCAUGCCUAUGGGCAUUGGAGUUGGACCCUCAUUUACUGGUCACCAGCCUGUUAUAUAUAAUCCACAGGUUGCAUCUUUACCAUCACCACAAGCAUAUUUCCAUCCUGGGCCUCAGUACGGACAGCAGAUGCUCCUUGGCCACCCUAGGCAAGUCUUGUACAUGCCAGGCUACCAACCUGAAAUGCCAUAUAAAGGACGAGAGUUUUAGACAGUCGAUUACAUUUCUGGCCAGUUCCACCCUGCUUGCAAGGAAUAAACUUCUGAGAGGCGGCUUGGAACAAUUUUAAGGGGAUCCAAGCUUGGCAGUCCAUGAAGAUCUAUAGUUCUUUGACCCCCCCCAUUUGUGCUCGGGGAAAUUGACUAGUUAUGGGAUAUGUAAUUCUUACAAUCCUGUAUGUUUUCAUUUAUACCAUCACUGGAUUUGUCAACUCUCCUUUAAUUAGUACUUUACAGUAACUGUUUUAUUUUGGUAAAAAAAAAAAAAAAAAUAGUUUUGGGAUAAAUUUAAAGGUGCAAAAGUUUGUGUGCUGCUUUAAGAAUUAUGAUUGAUUUAACUUUUUUCUUCA